ACUCUGUUUGGGGGAAACCUUUUUGUUUUCUUGUUGAUUCAUUAAGUUAAUUUUUUUUUUAAUUGUCAAGAAGGAUUGAUUUUGUCCAAUCUCAUUUUGCAUUUGGGAAGCAAAAGAAAAGAAAGGAAAGGAACAAGGAAGAAGAGUGUAGAAAGAAAAGAAACUAAAGGAGGAAAGGAAAGCAAACAAAGUCACUGUUUUGAUUUGAUGAUGGAUCUGUAGAUCUAACCCUUUCAUACCCACAUGUAUUGCUCUGUUUCUUUUAGCUCUCCAUCGUUUUCUUCCUGUGGGAUUAAGUAGCUUGCCAGAAACUGUACAAAGCAACCUUGAAAAAAAAAAAAAUUGUUUUUUUGGCCAUUUACAAAUCAGCCAAAUUAUAUUGUGAGUUUGCUUCUCUGUCCGUUUGUUUUCAAUGUUUCUAGUUUCUGUCAUUACUGGGUUUUCUUCAAAAUUGUGUUUUUUUUUUAGUUGGUUUAUGGGAACUUAUUUGUUCACAGAAAUUUGGGCAUUUAACUGAUUUUUUCCCUUUGAUGAACUGUGAUAUGUAGAGGGAAUGUGUUACCUUUGGUGUGCAGGGUGAGGACUCUUGUGGAAGUUUAGUGAUUAUUAUUGGGUUUGAUAUAUUGCAUCCAAUUUGGAUGUUGUGAAGGAAUUGAAGGCUGGCUGGGGUGAGAUGUGGGAUGUUAUCAAGGCUGAUAAAUUUUCUGAGAGCCUGCUGGUUGCCGUCCUCGGAUGAAUAUGUUCAUACGGGUUCCGAUGCAGCAGGCCGGCAAGACGGGCUUCUUUGGUACAAAGACAGUGAACAGCAUAUAAAUGGUGAUUUCUCCAUGGCUGUUGUGCAGGCAAACUAUUUGAUUGAGGAUCAGAGCCAGAUUGAGUCUGGGCCUUUGAGCACUCUGGAGUCUGGUCCUUAUGGCACUUUUGUAGGCGUAUAUGAUGGUCAUGGUGGACCUGAGACAUCAUGUUACAUCAAUGACCAUCUGUUCCAGCAUCUAAAGAGGUUCACCUCAGAGGAACAAUCAAUGUCCACUGAUGUCAUACGAAAAGCAUAUCAAGCAACAGAAGAAGGCUUUUUCUCUAUUGUUGCAAAACAAUGGCCCAUGAAGCCUCAGAUUGCAGCUGUGGGAUCUUGCUGCCUUGUUGGUGUAAUUUGUGGUGGAUCCCUUUAUAUUGCCAAUGUUGGCGAUUCACGUGCUGUUCUGGGGAGGCUUGUCAAGGCAACUGGAGAGGUUCUUGCGAUCCAGUUGUCCUCAGAACAUAAUGUGGGCAUAGAGUCAGUCAGGCAGGAGAUGCAUUCUUUGCAUCCAGAUGACUCACAGAUUGUAGUGUUAAAACAUAAUGUUUGGCGCGUAAAGGGCCUGAUUCAGGUCUCUAGAUCCAUUGGUGAUGUUUACCUUAAAAAGGCCGAAUUCAAUAGGGAGCCUCUUUAUGCAAAAUUCCGUCUCCAUGAACCUUUUAAAAGGCCAAUUUUGAGCUCUGAACCUUCAGUAUCUGUACAUGAGCUUCAACCUCAUGAUCAGUUUCUCAUAUUUGCUUCUGAUGGUUUGUGGGAACAUCUUAGCAACCAGAAAGCAGUUGAUAUAGUUCAAUAUAAUCCACAAAAUGGAAUUGCUAGGAGGCUUGUGAAAGCUGCCUUGCAGGAAGCUGCAGAAAAGAGAGAAAUGAGAUACGCAGAUUUGAAAAAGAUUGAACGUGGUGUCCGCCGCCAUUUCCACGAUGACAUUACAGUUGUUGUUGUAUUCCUCAAUUCAAAUCUUGUAAGCAGAGCCAGCUCGGUAAAAUGCCCUUCAAUAUCAGUGAGAGGGGGCGGAGCUAACCUCCCUGCAAAAACUCUAGCCCCCUGAGUUUAAAACCUAAAUGUUGGUUGAUGGCGCUGGCAUUUCAUACUGUUGUGCCUUGUGCAGAUCCUUCCCUGAACUUAUGCUAUACCAUCAGCUCAUAACCAGGAGACAUAGAAAGAGGUGCAGUCUAAUAAUUUUUAAAAUUUUUUUGAAAUGUACAAUGUUGAUUAACAUUUUAACUCGAGACAUGUAUUUUGUUUAGAUUUUUAAUCUUUUUGAGCAUAGGAAUGGGAAGUUAGAGCUGCAUAAAUAAUACUGAAGUGUCUUUCAUUAGAAUAGUAGUCUUCUCUAUGCAUUCGUUGACUAUAUUUCCCCCCCUUUAUUCUGGAACUUCUGGUUUUGUAAAUUAUGUCCAACAGCACCUCUGAAUAAUGCUUUUAUUAUUAU